AUGCCACGACGCGACGACGACGGUGAUUCCGAUCAGGAGGGCUCUGGCCUCUCCCGGGCAGAUGCCAAGAGUCUGGCAGCCCAGGUGGUGCGUCUCGCCCUAUUCCACGAGUACCGUAGGCAACCCCUCAAGCGCGAGGUGAUUGUCAAGACGGUCCUUGCUCAGAAGCCGCGCUCGUUCGAUACAGUCUUUGAGCGCGCCCAGAAAACACUCCGCUCGACGUUUGGAAUGGAGCUCGUCGAGCUCCGCGCCAAGCAAAAGGGCGAUGUUGCCGAGAUGGCCGCCGCUGCUGCCGAGACGCAGAGGCGCAAGAGCAAGGGCAAGAAGCGCGCCAGGCAAGGCGAUGAUGAGGAAGAAGAUGCCGAGGAGGACGAGGAGGACGCGGAUGCCUCCAAGGAGAAACGCAAGGCCGGCACAAAGAACUAUAUCCUACGCUCAACGCUUGCGCCAGAGCUGGUGGCAGCCAUGGCCACACCUCGACCCUUGCCGUUCCCGCAGGGCGGCGGUGACGACGAGGAACACCUGGCCGAGCUGGAAAAGGACUCGGGAUCACUGAUCCGCUGGGAGAAGGGCGACGGCACACCAAGUGGUGCGAUCGGCAUGCUCGGUGUGCGUACCGUCAUUCUCUGCCUCGUCCUCUGUCUCGGUCGCAGUGCCAAUGAUGACCAACUGCACGCUCUUCUCCGCCGUCUCAACCUUACACGCGACACGGUACUUCCCUACGUGUCAGAGGACGGUAAGGAGGAGCCUCUCACCCUCGACAAGUAUCUCGACCUCCUCACCAAGCAGCACUACCUUGAGAAGGCCAAGAUGCCCAACCCGACUGCCGAAGGUCACAUUAUCGAGUGGCGCUGGGGCUCGCGCGAGGCCGAGUUUAGCGAGAACGCAGCUGCGGCCUUCAUUGAGCGAAUUUUCAUCAACGAGGACGAGAGCGACCCCGAGGAAGAUGUUGUCGAAGAGGGCCCCGAUGGCGUGCAGCGUCGCAUCACACCCGCCGAGGCUCGCCGCAAGAAGCGCAGAACGCUGCGCCAAGACCUGGAGCGUGCGGCUGGUGGUGCGCUCACGGGUCAGGUGUAG